GACAAAGUGUGCGUGCGUCUGUCCUCGUCUGCUGCACGUUUACUUCACAUCCUCCCGCGGCGCGCGUUGCUUCCUGCCUUGCCGAAGGAGGGGACGGUGUUGACGGCUGGACGGACGAGAGGAAGGAAGACGGGCAAGCUCUGGAAAGAACCAAGAAAGUGGGAACGGUCCUGGGAUACACCGUCCGUCGGCAGCAAUAGCGCUUAGUUUCUGCAAUAGCUUAAUUCGUCAUCCAUUUUGUGCAGAAAUGUCGACCAGUCGUCAUCUUAGCGAGAGCAGGGCCAUCCCGACUAGGACGGUGUUGAUCAACGAUGCAACGCAGCUACCUCAUGACUAUUGUACUACCCCUGGAGGCACUUUAUUUUCCACCACUCCGGGAGGGACCAGGAUAAUCUAUGACCGGAAAUUCCUAUUGGACAGGCGUAAUUCCCCAAUAGCCCAGACCCCGCCUGCCCACCUGCCUGUCAUCCGCGGUGUGACCAGCCAAACGGUUCUGAACGAAAACCGGAAGAAUGAAGCCAACAAACACACCAGCCAUGACGGCAAACCAGGUGACGACGCACAGUUUGAAAUGGACAUCUGAAACAACGGAAGCACACGGGAAGAAGUAAAUGACCCUGGCCUCUUGACACCAGUGGCUUGUAGAAACCAAUGUGGCAGCCAUCUUUAGCUCUCUCUCUGUCUCACGGCUGGAUUUAAUGUGUGUGAACCAUUGGGGAUAACAUUUUUUAUUUAUCAUGCAGAAUGGCCACGCCUUGGAACUCUCUAAAAGGUUUGAGGUUUGGCUCCUUGGUAACCCACCCUCCGCAUAUAUAAACGGCAUAGCAUUGAAGUGGAUCAUAAUCAUUUUCAUACUUUUUUUUUAACCAGGGUGUGCUUUCCAAAAGAUACAUUACUUAAGUGCACAUCUUACUGCUUAAUGUUGUCAUUCUAGAAGCCAAGACACUGGUGGUAAAAUAACCUGACCUGAGAAUGACCUACGUUUUGAAUUCAUCGCCGACUGUUAUUCUGGUAUUUGUUACCAAUAUAUUGUUGAGAUAUAUUUUACUUGAAAAAUGUCACACCUCCACAAUUUGUCAUUGUGGCUCUCGUUUAAAACAAGCAUUUGUAAAUAAUUGUUUUUUAGCUUAUGAUGUUUUAUCGAGUAAGCUAAAAAACAAGAGGUCUGACAUCACGAAACACAUAAAAUACAUUUAAAUAACCGUUUUUACACACGCUGGCGAUCAACAUAACUGUGAACUGGUAAAUCGGUUUCAAACUGGCUGUAGCAAUUAAAUAUAGCCAUUUCCUUAUUUCUGCCAAAAAAAUGACAUUUCAGUUGUUUAUUUAGCCAGUCUGUGUUAAUGUUGACCAAAAGGUUACUUUCAAAAUGCAGGCCACAUCAUGUUCAAACACAAUUGAUUACAAUAGCUGCUGGACCCAAUGGUAAUAUAAUUAUGGAUUAAAUGAUGGAUAAUAGAUGAUAUUUCUAUAUGCAUUUAAUUUUUGAUACUAAAUUUGUUCACAGGGAAACAGAUCACAGGGAAGGCAAUCUAUAUUAAUUGGUUAUUUAUUGGACUGUAUCUGCCACUUUGGACUUAUCACGUACGCAGUCAGUCAUUAGUUUCUGUUUUCUAGAAGAUUGAGAUUGUAUUGGGAUAGGUAGAUGCUAUAACUGAUUCUUCUUCGUAUCUUUCCCCAACAACCUUAAUCAACUUUGCAGUACCUUGUUAUCAUAUGUUUAUCUGCCCUCGCCUUACAUCAACAUCCUAAUGCAGUAACAACAAACCUCAGUGUUGCCAGUCAUACUCUCAUGAAAAUUCAUAAAAACAAAGAAAAGUUUACUGAAAUACAUAUUGCAUUUAGCAGCUGAGAAAGAUUAGUUUGAAAUGCACUCUUUUUUCAAUGUCUUCAUAUUGCGUCCCAUAAGAAGCUUUUCAAUUAUUUUCUCUCUCUUAAACAGAAUUCCUGCUAUUUUAGAUCAUAUUUUGUUACUGUAAUUUUAAAAAUCAACUUGUUGAAUUUUUAAAUCCUAACAUAUAUCAUGGGUUUUUAUUUGGUUUGGGCUGUAAUAAUGUCAACUUUUUUGCUGAUAUUUUUUUUGAUUUGGUUUGCACUUAUUUUGCAUCAAACAUUAGGGUAAGCAUGAUGUAUAUGUUCAUUGGCAUUCAUAUUGCAUAUUAAUUUCAAGCACUUUGGUUUCACAUUGAGGGCUUAACAUUGUAUCUUUUAGAGAGAUUUAAAACCACCUGACUGUAACAUUCAGAUUAUAAUAAACUUUAUUUUCUUUGAAACACCGCUGCCAGUGAAUAUUGUUGAAGCAAGAUCAAUAAAGUUACUUAACAAAAA